GCAAUCAUUCCCAAAAUUUGACUGCACGUCCGUUUUCAUUACCGCGACAACAAUGUCUGCUUCUCCAGAAACUGGUUCGGCAUGGUCGGAGCUUAAGCAGCGUCUCCCCCUGCCCGAUAAUGAUCUAGACAACCUUGAGAAAUGGAUAAAAAAUGAAUGGGAAACCAACUUGAGGGCUUUGUCUGACCUCAAAAGCGCUGAGGGCCGAGUUCAAUUGGGAAAAAGCUCGAAAGAUCUUGCUACCAAAAUCUAUAAUAUAUCAGCCCUAAUAAGCACUGCCAUUUCCAAGGAAGAUCUUGAAGAUAUUUUACGGCUGGGUCCAGUUCAACAAGCUCCAGUUACCCUUGAAACUGUGGUUGUACGGGUGCAACUUAAAGUAACUCAGAUCGGCCAAGAGAAAGAGUUUGCUGAAUUCUCGCUCAGCCGAUGUCUGCAAGACGGCAAGCUGGCAACGUUGCCAAAAAAUUAUGAUCACAAGUUGUUUUUGCGCGAGGCUGAAACACAUAUCAACGAAGCUAGAGCAGUUCCUUUAGAGUUCGCUCAUGGUACGCUCACAUAUUCACAAUGGAACAACGUCAAACAAAUCGCAAGGCAAACGCACUUUGAAGUUGCAAUCAGUCAUUUGUUCAAUAACAGAGGCGACGAUGAUACCAUAUUGUUUACUUUUCAGCCAGAGUCAGAGGCCCAGGAGAGAAACAGACUCAACGCAGAGAGAGCUAGCCAAAGACUAAAGGCCCCUGCGCCGGGAAGCGGUACAAAACGGCGGCUCACUGAAAGCCCAAAAGCAACGCAGCCCCAGAGCACCAGAACUAGGGUUGGACCUUCAAAAGAAUCAACGCCUCCUCCCCGGCGUCAAUCUCCUGUAUAUCCAUCUGACGACAAAGUCACUCCCACGGGGCAAUCUAAGAGAAUUCCAGGUGGACCAGGCAGCAUGACUGCCAAAGCAGGACCUACAUCGACGCCUUCGCUACAUGGGAGUGUUAGUUCAAGGAGCAGCAAUCCUUCAAAGGUCCCUAGGACAUCAUCAUCACCUUCAGGUGGUCCUAAGACCGUAGCACCAAAAGCAGUGAUCGAAAGUCCGGCCUCAAAACCCAUCGACAAGCCUGUCACCGCGCAGCCUCAAAAGACGACAAUUGCUGCGAAAAGCACACCGCCUUUAUCCUUCAACGCUACCGGUAAGAAGAUAGGUGGCUUGAUCAAGAGGGCCACUUCGAGAGCUGGAAACUCAAGUGUGCCAACCACUCCGACCGAAUCUCGAGGAGAGCGAGUAGGCUCUGAAGCCACCAUCAAUCCACCUCUGCGUACCUAUUCUGCUCAGCCUCAAGAUUCUUCUCUUGUCCGGCCAAGCACUGCUACAAAAGUAGGCGAGAACCUCAAACACGCUCUCGGGUCCUUGAGACAAACACUCGUACCGAACAAUUUGUCAGCUUCGACAACGCCCUUAGACAAAGACGAGUUGCGACGUGGAGAUGAACAGAUACCAGAACUUCGCACAUCUAAGCCUGCUACAGGAGAUGAUGCAGAUGAAGAAGUCGAAGAGGAACACCAGUUUAUAGAUGAAGAAGAUCAAGCCGAUUUCUCUGUUUCGCAACUUCAAAAUCUUCAAAAUAUGGACGAGCUUAUACAAAUGACCACUCCCACAGAUCCAUUCGAGAGAUGGCAAGCGUGCUGUCGACUAUUCCGUAUUGACUCCACGAAGACUGGAAUUAACGAGAGGGUCCCGGUCGCUGGUUUGAAGCACCCUCUCUAUCAAUACCAAGCUUUUGGCGUUUAUUGGCAAAUGGCAUACUCGAGAGAAAAUGGAGGUGGUUUCCUCGCAGAUGAGAUGGGUCUUGGCAAAACGCUUUCCUAUCUCGCUUUCAUCGUCGUUGAGCGUCAGCUCUCGGUUCUUUGGCGCGAAGUGCUUGAGAGUAGGCAAGCCGACGACGGGCGUCAUCUGCACAAAGCCCAGCAUAGAGAAGGAGAUAUCUGUCCGAGUCAGAGAGAUCAUUGGAUUGCAUGCCCAUGCACUAGUUCAAGUCCUGCUUCUUCAUGGCCGGCAAAAUAUGGGUUGAGAAUGGCUUGCGUGCCACCCUCGAUGGUACAAAGUUGGAAAGACCAGUUUAUAGAUCAUAUUGCACCACUGCCGGCGCUCGAUAUGAAGUUGAUAAUUGCGCACAAAGCUACUAGUAAUCUCGAUUCCUUCGAUGUUAACACGGUCCAUAAUACCAACUUGAUGAAAGCGGUCCAAAACCCGCUACCAAGUCAGAGAGUGAGAUACGAUGAGGAUGAAGCGGCCAUAAAUCAAGAUAGGAUUCUUGUUUUGACUACAUCGGAGUCGACUCAAAAGGCUAGUAAGCCAUGGCAAGAGAGAUUUCAGCACAAGGUUCAAAUGCGCGUUUACGACAAAAGCGAAGCAGGUAGGUGGUACGAAUUCAAGGCCCCUGGCUUGGUCUAUGGGAUCGCUAUGAUUGAUGAGUGCCAUGAGCACUAUCACAAAGAAAAGGGAAGAUCGGGCGUUCUAGCCAAUCUCCCUCAGGAAAACCACCCUUUUCUCUGGGGAUAUUCGGGAACACCCUUUACCCAAACACCAAGGGGCUUAGAAGGAGUGCUGUGGGCCAUUGAGAAAUUAUGGCCCAAAGAUCCCAAAUUCGAUCCCAAGCGGACUGCAUGGGAACAAAAUUUGCACACGACCGAUCAACGGCAAUUGCAUCGCUUUACCUGGAAGAAGCUCGAUGCAAUUUGCAAGUCUUUCGAGAGGCAUCUUAAAGAUACAAAGCCUGAAAAAACAACUCUUGACGAGAUCUUUCAAAGAUUUAAACCGUUUUUAACGACUUUCAUGAUUCGCCGAAAUGCGGAUACUCUUUGGUUCGGACAUCCUCUGUUAAAAUUGAACCCUCACGAACAUACCGACAUCACUCUAGAACAUAAUUUGAAAUAUGACGAUGAUAUCGCACAAUUGCGCACAGUCAUUCAAGCCGAGAUAGCAAAGAAGGUCGAAGAGCUUCAAUCAACCUGGGACAAUGCGGAUCCAAGAAAGCGAGACCCAAAGCGCCCAACCAAGCUUAGCUUCAAUAGCGCCUGCAGUGUCCAGUGGAGACUUCGAAUCAUGGCUACUUUCCCAGCCUUAGUCCCAUAUGCAGCAAAAGAACACCCCGAAUAUCUUGAACUUACCGCCAAAGAAUGCUUCAAGUUUAGACGCAGUGGCUUGAUGCAAAGUCCUUACAAGCACUUCAGAGAAAUAUGCGAAGCAAGCCCAAAAUGCAUGGAGCUCUACAGAAUAAUCGAUGAUAUGUGCAACAGCGCGGACUAUGAAGGCAAAGAGCACAAAUUGGUGAUCAUGAGCGAGUUCAACCCUGUAGUGCUCCUUUUGCAGCUUUUCAUUCAACAUCUCGUAACUGGCAAAAAGAAUCGUGUAGGCGUCGUCACUGCUGACAUGAAGCUUAAAGACCGCACUGCGGUGAUCGAAGCUUUCACUGACGCGAUGGAUGAUAAAGGCGAGCGAAAACACAAGGACAAUUUCCAAUUUCUCAUCGGCACCACCCGUCUCAUUGGUACAGGUCUGCAACUCACUCGAGCCGCUGCCGUGGUGAUGAUGGAGCCGCAGUAUGAAUUCUUCCGCGAAGUUCAAGGGUAUGCUCGAGUACAUCGCAUUGGACAGAGAAACCCAAAGUCUUUCUCAUACCGGCUCAUUGACGAGGGCAGUGAGGUGGAAACCAGUAUCUUGAAGCGACAAGCAGAUCGCAAUGAGUUCGCCGGAAAGGCUACUGAUGGUGAUGGUGCCGGUCUCGAACAGAUGGAUGUCAAAAGUACCGCAGAGUCACAGCGAGACAUCUCAAUGACGGGUCUCAGUGGAUCCGAGGUGAGUGACGAGUCGAGAAUAAGUGAUCAAAUGUCCGGCGUCAACCUCGGAGCAACAACUUCUGUAUGGAAUGACGAUGACUAUUCUAAAUGA